CACUUGAUCCCUUUUAUGUUUCCCUCUUCCUUUUUCCAAAAACCAGACGACAAAAAAAAACCAAAAAUCUUAACAAUCUCUGAAUCCCAAAAAAACCCAUCUUCAAAUCCAUUCAAUUAUCUUGAAAAUUCACACCCAAAAAAUCAAGAAUUUAUAAAAUUUCGAUUAUUAUUGAUCAAGUUCAUCAAUUUCGUUUUCCAGUCAAUGCGUCAGAAGAAACCCGGUUUUCAGAUCGGAGAAAUUCGAAGCUUUUCCGAUUCAAAAUCCCCCAAAUUCCAGCUUCAAGAAAACCCUAAUCUUGAAAUUCAAAUACCCGUUGCUAAAUAUAAUGAACAACGAGUUCAUUUCUCAUCAAACCCACCAAAAAAAUUAGUUGUUAUGAGUCACCAUCGAAGAAAUUCUCAUAAAAAAUCGUUAAUUUGUUGUUCUUCUUCAGAAGCCCUUUUAGCUACCAAAACAAUUGCUCUUAAAUUGUUGAAGUUUGCUCAUGUAAAGCUCUUUUGGAUUAAAGCUCCUUUUAGGGUUUUGAUUCUUCUGUUUUUACCCUCAGUUUAUUACUUUAGUUUGAGUUAUAAAUCAUCUUAUCUUUGUGUUCUUGUAGUUAUUGUUUUCUGUAGUGUUUUUGUUUCUUUAUUUGAUGUUAGUAGUUUUAAUUCCACUAAUUUACCUUCAGUCCGGUUGUUUGUUGCCCGGAAGUUUCCAAGUUUGAAGCUUUAUGGGUCAGAUAAUGUGUCCAAACCACACCCACUAGUUGUUUGGUCAAUCGGGUCGAAGACCCGAUUGGACGAAAGCGUAAAUUCGGGGUUCUUGGUGAAGGUGUACAGCAAUGGGGAUGUUUAUGAGGGUGAGUUUUAUAAAGGGAAGUGUUCUGGGAGUGGGGUGUAUUAUUAUAAUUUGAAUGGGAGGUAUGAGGGUGAUUGGGUUGACCAGAAGUAUGACGGGUAUGGUGUUGAGACGUGGGCGAAAGGUAGCCGAUAUCGGGGGCAGUAUCGACAGGGGUUGAGGUGUGGUUAUGGUGUUUAUAAGUUUUACACUGGGGAUAUGUAUGCUGGUGAAUGGUUUAAGGGGCAGUGUCAUGGGUAUGGUGUUCAUACUUGUGAAGAUGGUAGUAAGUAUACUGGCGAAUUUAAAGGCGGUAUCAAACACGGGCUUGGCCACUAUCAUUUCAGAAAUGGGGAUAAGUAUGCUGGCGAGUAUUUUGCGGACAAAAUGCAUGGUUUUGGUGUUUAUCGUUUUGCGAAUGGUCAUCGGUAUGAGGGUGCUUGGCAUGAAGGAAGGAGACAAGGGUUUGGUAUGUAUACGUUCAGAAACGGUGAGACUCAAUCGGGUCAUUGGGAUAACGGGGCGCUCACUGUUUCAACGUCUCAAGAUUCGUCGCUCUCUGGAUCGUCUUCUUCGGUUUCUCAUGUCAAAGUCCUCAAAGCAGUUCAGGAAGCAAGACGUAUAGCUGGAAAAGCAGUAUCUGUAGCAGAUGUGGAUGAGAGGGUGAACAGAGCUGUGAUUGCAGCUAACCGAGCCGCCAACGCAGCAAGAGUGGCGGCUGUUAAGGCGGUCCAAAACCGAAUUCGUCAUCAUAGUGACGAUGAUGAUCUACCACUAGACGUUGUCUGAUUCUCUUGCGUUUAUACAACCACUUUUGGGACAAGUAAUGUUUAAAUCGUAACUGAUGGCCGGUGGUGCAAGGAAGCGUGUCACCUGUAACCGCGAUCAGCUUAGAAAUGGUAUCCCGCUUUCUUCUGGGUACAAAAUUAGUAUAUGAGGUUUAUGAUUUAAAGGGCACUAAAGUGCCUGUUGCUUUGUGACAUGAAAUCGAAUGGAUAUUCGAUGAAGGGGCUCGUUACAGCAUAAUACUGCUGGCUGCAUAGGAUAGCCACAAGGUUCAUGAGAAUCAGGAGAGGCCUUUUUCUUGUCCUUUGCCUCUUUUGUUCAAAUGUAAAAUGUACAUGUUUGUGUCUUUACUUGAAGAAAAUAUAUAUAUA